AUGCGGAACCCGUUCCAGGCCCAGGAAGUCACACUGAAGCAGACCGUCGUCUACAUCUUUCGCCACACCACGAUGAACCCAUCCGAGGCGAUGGGCCUCACGAUCAUCCUCACCUUUAGCGUCCUCACGUUCUGGCUGCUCGUGGGUACGCGGCGCGUCGUGGAGAAGACGACGGUUGAGAUCUUCGAGGACAACGUCAAGAUCCUGAAGCUCAGCCAGGAGACGCUGGAGUUCGGCCAGAAGACGCUCAAGUUCAGUCAGGAGACGCUCCGGUUCAGCCAGGAGACGCUCGAGUCGAGCCACGAGACCAAGAGGUCUUUCGUCGCGGCUAUUCAGCGCAUGAACGCGACGCUCGAGUCGUUGGAGAAACAUGUUGCGGUUACUGAGAGGGCCAUGGGCGAGUUCAGGGAGGCGGGUAUGGCGCUUGAGGCGCGGCUGGCGGGCGUGGAGGUCAGGACGGAAUAUCUCGACGGUGCUCUUCCGGAGUGUUGA